AUGUCGGAAAUUCAACGUUUUGCUGCCCCAUUCGCUUUGGUGGGCAAAUUUUCCAGGGGCCGCCCAGAUAUGGAGGCCAUUCUUAGGUUCUUCAAAACGUUAGAUUUGAAGGAGCCCGCUUCCUUGGGAUUACUGGAUAGGAGGCAUGUGUUGAUUCGCUUACAGAACGAGGCGGAUUAUUAUCGUAUAUGGUCGCGUAACAUCUGGAUUUGCCUGGUAGGGUGUGGGUGUCGGUUGGCGAUAGAAUGGGUUUCUGGCAAGAUCUCAUACCCGAACACCUUCCAAGAUAUUGCAGUCAUUGUCUCCACCAAGGUCAUGCCGAGGUGGAGUGCUGGGUUAAAUAUCCAGCUCUCCGGGUUGAGCAAGCCGGGGGCACACAAGGAGGAUCUCGUAGAUCAGGUUGGAGGGGCUGGUCAGCCUGUUGGGUCGCCAGAAGGGGAGGGACAAGUAGCGUUGGUGGAGGAGUUGACCUCUGGUGGGCAAGACAGCGUCGUCCAGGGGGCGCCUCCUGUUGCGGCAUCGGCAGGGAGAAACACAGAGGAAUGCAUCGUGGACAGGGACGGUUUUAACGAAGCUACCUGUGAGGAAGAGGAAGGUGUGUUGAUAGGCAGUCAGGGGGAGCUGGAGACGCUGGUUGAGGAUGCAAUGCAGAAUGCGGCAGUAGCAGAGUUGGAGCGCAUUGCAGAUCGUGUUGUUUGCGAGCAAGGCAGUGAGGAGGGGGAUGAUGGGCCUCGCAUCGAAGUGGUUCUUGUGGAGGAGAUGCGGAUGCGGAUGGCGGUUCAAACCAUAGCUGGGAAUUUGUCCCCGAGAGGGACAAGGUGGGCGGAUGAUACGCACACCAUGGCGCACUCUUUGGAGCCUCCGUUGCGGGUGAUGGAUGACACGUUCAUGAAGGUAAAGCCCAAAGCCAAAGGUGCCCGGGCUAAUGUCCCCUCGGAUAGGGAGCUUCGUUCUAAGCUUUUAGUGAUCUGUGAAACACAUGUGCAUGUGUCGCGGGCUGAGGAAUAUCGUAUUAGAUUGGGCUUUGACUGUUUGAGACUUCACUCGGCGGGUUUGUUAUGGGUUUUUUAUCAAGCUCCGUUUAAUUGCUCCGUGAUGGGCGAGGGAGAUCAAUUCUUGUCUCUGAAGCUUGGACACCCGCAGUUACCGGUUUCGUUUGAUGUUGCUGUCGUGCAUGCUGCUUCUACGGUGGAGGCACGCAGGGGUCUUUGGGACGGGUUACUCCGAUGCAAUCCAGGGAAUCAGCCUUGGAUUAUUGUAGGGGAUUUCAAUGUGAUAUUGGAACCUGAGGAAAAGAGAGGGGGGCGUCUCUUUCGGGUGGCUGAAGCUAGGGACUUUGUCGAGUUCAUGAGUUCUGCGGGGUUGGUGGAUGGGGGCUACUCAGGGUCAAACAUUACUUGGUGUAAUAAUCGCCAUGGUCGAGCGAGAAUUUGGAAGAGGUUAGACCGCCUUUUGUUGAACACGGCGUGCUUAGAUGUUCAUCUAGCUGUGGCGGUGUCACAUUUGGCGCGUUACCCUUCCGAUCAUGCUCCGCUCCUUAUGGCGGUGUCAACCCGUUUGGAUGGUAAACCCCGGCCUUUUCGAUUCAUAAACACUUGGGCUGAUCAUGAGAAAUUCUUGGGGGUGGUAAGAAAGUCCUGGGAGCAAGAGUGCACGGGGCCGCCUUUGCACGUCCUAUGCUCGAAGUUACAACGGUUAAGGAAUUGUAUUCAAAGAUGGAAUAGAGAAAGGGUAGGGAAUUUUUCUGCCAAUGUUCGGGAGGCGGAGGCAGAGGUGGCACGGUUGGAGCAAGCUAUGGAGGAUGGGGGCACAGAGGAAGCUCAGAUGUGUUUACAGCAGGCUCAGGCUCAUCUUAGACGAGCUCUAAGCAUGGAGGAAUCCCUUUGGAAGCAGCGGUCCAGGGACAGUAAUCAGGAGUGGGUGACUGAGGAUGAGUUGGUAGGAGCUGAAGCUGUCAGAUUCUUCUCCGCACUUUUUUCGAGAGAGGUGGAUUCCCCUUCUUCGGUGUCGCUUUGGGUCAUUCCGCCCUUGCUAUCGGAGGAAGACAAUGUGAUCGUACAAGAAGCGCCUUCCAUAGAAGAGGUUCGGCAGGUGAUUUUUGAAAUGGACGGGGAUAGUGCUGCUGGGCCCGAUGGUUUUACUGGAAAAUUUUUCACCUCCUCCUGGGACAUAAUUGGGGAAGAUGUAUAUCGCGCUGUAUUUAGUUUUUUCUGUGGGGAGAUUCUGCCCAGGCGAGUGACUGCUACGUCUCUAGUCUUGUUGGCAAAGGUUGCACGUCCUAAGGAUUUUUCUGAGUUCCGUCCGAUCAGCUUGUGUAACUUUGUCAACAAGUCAAUAUCUAAGCUUCUGGCGAAUCGUCUUGCGUCCGUCCUUCCUAAGAUAAUUUCUGAGAACCAGAGUGGCUUCGUCCGGGGACGGGUAAUUUCUGACAAUUACUUAUUAGCUCAGGAAUUGAUCUCAUCGAUUGGACGGGGUGCAAGGGGCGGUAAUGUUGCUUUGAAGCUAGAUAUGAUGAAAGCUUAUGAUCGAGUUGGGUGGCCUUUCUUGAUUAAUGUGCUCAGAGCGUUUGGAUUUGGAGAGCAGUGGAUAGAUAUGGUUUGGAGGUUAAUAUCAAAUGUCUGGUUCUCUGUUGUUGUUAAUGGGGCAUCGUACGGCUUCUUUAAUUCGACUCGGGGGCUUCAUCAAGGGGACCCCCUUUCUCCUGCGCUGUUUAUCAUUGGGGCUGAGGUAUUGUCGAGGUCGCUGAAUAAGCUGCAGAGUCAUCAAGGUUUUCAGGGGUUUCGUGUCCCCAGGGGUUGUCCUCUAGUGUCUCAUUUGGGGUACGCGGAUGAUGUUUUGGUCUUCUCCAGUGCCUCAAUGAAGUCUUUGAGGUUAGUGAAGCAGGUGUUAUCUGAGUAUGAGGCGGUUUUCGGGCAAAGGAUUAAUGAGAGGAAGAGCUAUUUUUUGGUGCACCCGAAGGUCUCUCCUUCCAAGCGAUUGGGAAUUCAGAGGGUCACGGGGUUCUCAAUAGGUUGUUGUCGCAUGGUGGCGGCUUCACCCCCUAAAUCUGUUUUCAAGGAGCUUGAAGGUAUUUUCUCUAAUUUUCUGUGGGGGUCGACUGAGGAAGGUCCCAAACACCAUUGGAUUCGGUGGAAGGAUUUGUAUGUGUCGCGUGAAGAAGGGGGGGUGCGUCUUCUAGAGGAUAUUCACAGGGCCUUCUCCAUCAAGUUAUGGUGGAAUUUUCGUUCCAGGUCUUCAUUGUGGGCCUCAUUUAUGCAUGCAAAGUUUUGCCGCAUGGCGUACCCCAACCUGGUAUUUUCUAGGAAAGGGUCAGAGGGAUGGAGAAGGAUGGUCAAAGUCCGAGCUCUGGCGGAGAGGCACAUUGGAUGGAUCAUCCGGUUUGUGAGCUCUAAUUUUUGGUUUGACAAUUGGCUAGGCACUGGAGGACUGGCCGACCGAUUGGAUAGCGUGUCGGACCACAAGGUGGCGGACUUUGUACAAAACGGUGCCUGGGACAUCGACAGAGUUUCACAAUGGGUUCCUCCGGGUAUUGUUGAGGAGGUUGGCCGAAUUCUUCCACCUAAAGGGUCGCUUCCGGACUUAAUGAUUUGGCGCCCGGAGCCAUCGGGUUGUUUUACGCUCAAGACAGCUUUUUCCUUGAUUCAGCAUCAUUCUGGGUCUUCGCCACUAUUUAAUCGUAUUUGGCAUCCAGGGGUGCCUCUGAGGGUUUCAUUUUUCCUUUUGCGGCUAUUACGGGACCGUCUCCCCUUGGAUUGUUCGUUAUGGAGGUUGGGGAUACAUGGACCCUCUCGUUGUUCGUGCUGCCCAUCUCCUGAGCUUGAGACUACAGAUCAUGUGUUCGAUGCUGGGGUUAUGGCGCAGUAUGUUUGGAGGUUCUUCGGGGCUCCGAUUGGGGUAGGUUGGUCAGGGUCUUCGUUUCGCGUAUGUAUGGCAGCCUGGUGGGAGGUUCGGCAAUGGAGUAAGCCUUUGAGGUUCAUACAUCAGGUUGUCCCUUUGUUGAUAUGCUGGCAUCUUUGGAAGGCUCGUAACGGUAUGAAGUACGAGGGUAAGAGGAUUGUGGGGGCACAGGUAUGUCGAUUAAUCUUUUCAGAGAUGCUUCAGUUGUUCAGGAUUCAGUUUCCGGAUUGCCGGGUUCCGUCAUGGUCGUGGGAUCAGUUCUAUUUGGCCAUAUCGACAUGGAAAAUGGUGUUUUCCCAUAGGUUGGUUAGAUGGGUGCGUCCUGUCCACGGAAGUCUAAAGCUUAACACGGACGGUUGUUCUAAGGGUAACCCUGGCUUGAGUGGAUGA